AUGAUUCGUCAUCAGCGCCCCGCUCCACCGCCACCGCCACCCCCCGUGCCGGCUCAGGCGGCAGCUUCGCCUCAGCCGGGCCGAGUCCAGCAAGCAGCACAUUCGGGGACGGGCGGCCCAGUGUUACCCCAGCCCCAGGCUCCACCGGUCCAGGCGCUAGCGUCAGUUGUUCCUCCAGUUCCCGGCCAGCAGGCCCAGGCUCCACCGGCCCCAGUUCCGCCGGCCCAGGGUCCACCAGUCCAGGCACAAGGGGUCGGUGUUCCUCCAGUUUCCGGCCAGCAGGCCCAGGCUCCACCGGCCCCAGUUCCGCCGGCCCAGUUUCCGCCGGCCCCGGGUCCACCAGUCCAGGCACAAGCGGCCGGUGUUCCUCCAGUUCCCGGCCAGCAGGCCCAGGCUCAGUCGGCCCCAGUUCCGCAGGCCCAGUUUCCGCCGGCCCCGGGUCCACCAGUCCAGGCUCAAUCGGCCGGUGUUCCUCCAGUUCCCGGCCAGCAGGCCCAGGCUCCGCCGGCCCCAGUUCCGCCGGCCCACGUCCCGCCGGUCCCGGGCCCACCAGUCCAGGCACAAGCGGCCGGUGUUCCUCCAGUUCCUGGCCAGCAGGCCCAGGGUGGUCUCCAGGAGGUGGUAGAUCAGUUGAAGCAGCAGCUGAGGGACAUGGCGGAGGCUAAGCAGAUGGAGAAAGUGGAGGAGGCGAAGUACCAGGCGCUGGAGCAGGCAUGGAUCCCGCACCCAAUGUUUUCGGCGUCACGUUUGAUCCCAUCCCUGGCAUACCUUGAGGAAAAGGCUCGGGCGGUGAAUCACCCAGACCUACGGAAGUUCAGGGCUACACUGCGCGAAUCCAGGGGUUAUAAGUUUCACCAAAUCUAG